AGUGCGGGCACAGUGACCUUGAUUGGACCGUUUUGACCAGCUGUAGCGGGCGGCCGAGGGAAGCCGCUAUCAAGUAGAUGUCGACCAGUCGGGAAAUAAAGCUAACUUAAACCAAAAAACAAAACACACACACAGACCAAGUGAGACGGAGAAGUCGUUCGAAAUGGGAGGAAAUGGAAGCACGGCGAGGAAAGUGUCAUUCGAACUGGACGAGGAAGAGAAGGUCACUGUUAUUGAAGGAGUGAAGCUGUCAGAGGAUGUUCUCAGUCGAAUGAGGGAUGCUCAGGGGUCUUACAGUACCAACACGAUGCCAACUAAGCAAGACAAUCACAAAACAUCAAGUUUAAAAUCUCCCAGCCCCUCUGCCACAGAACUACAGGAAGAAAUUCGUAGAAACUUUGAGAAUCAGCAGGCACUGGUGCAGGAGCAGUUGGCUGCACUUGCCCAGAGGGAUAGAGACACUGCAAGAUCGGUAGGGUUGGAUGGUCUGAGCCCUUCGCUCAUUGUUGAGAAAGAGAAGGCCCGGGAAGAACAAGAGAAGGCAAAGCUACUGCCUGCCGAUUUAGAUGCCUGGGCCAGACAGUUGGAGAGGAAGGAACAAGAGUUGGCCAGCAUUUCCAGCUUCUAUAAAGAUCAAAUUGAGAUACUGGAGAAGAAAAACCUUGAAGCUUACAAGCAGACGGCUGAAGAGUACAACCAGGCAGCCACCAAAGCAGAGGCUCACAUCAGGCCCCGGCAGACCGCGUCAGUGUGCACUGAGCUGCAGGCCAAGGUGCUUCAGUGUUACAAAGAAAAUCCCCAGCAAACCCUGCACUGCUCCAGUUUGGCCAAACAGUACAUGACCUGUGUCCAGCAAGCCAGGAAGGACAGAAAACAAAACCUCAAAGAGAUCAGCACUGGGGCGUCAUGGAGGUGUAUCACAAGGUUUGGUUCUUCAUUAUUGCAUUUUCUAUAUUAAACACACUAAUACAAGAGAUAAUGACAAAUAUUCUUCAUUGAAGAUACUAUGUGACCAAACACACGUGAUGUCCAAUAGCUUGAUUUUGGGCAAACACAACACACUUGCGUUCAUUUGUCUCGUUGUUAAUUGAGCUUGCCACUUUAGGCGGCUUGCACACAUACCGUUGCGUCGGGGUGGAUGAAGGCAGAGUGUUCUGAUAGAUGACAGAAAGCACGGUUAAACUGUCUUUUUUUUUUUUUUUUAGUAAAUUGAGAAAAGAUCUUCAGUUUAAAUACGUAGUAAUAUUUGUUUGGUUGUGUCCCGUGCGAUACUUCUAUUAAAAUAUUUACUUUGGCUUGAUAAAGGUUGGGAAACUGGUUUAUUCGACUUCUCCGUGAAACUUUUAGCUAGUUCAGUUUUGCGUUGUGGUUACAAAGCUAAAGUCUGCAGUUGUAAACCUUUAAAAGCUUAAAAAUGGGCGGAAGCAAAUUUGAAAAACAUGACGCUGGAGCAGUGUUUAUAGUCAUUGACUCGUACGUUUUGCUACAUCAUAAAGAAACCAAUCUAUGGAUUCCACGACAUACACACAAGGUGGAUGGUGUCACUCGGGUAAGGUGGCGAGUGGUCGGCGUGACCAGGUCUUGAGUGUCUCAUAGUUCUGAGGGAAUUUUGGCCUGCAGCCUGCACGCCUUCACUCGUUCUCGGCUCCCUCGGGUGUCUUCUCUCCCACACUGCAGGGAGAUUGAACUGUGAGUAAAGCACCCAUUUUGGAGAAUGGUUGUUUAUCGAAAUGCUUCAGAGGAGGCCAGACGAUUUUAGUCCUACUCACAGUGAAAAACACACAUACACACCAGACCCAAUCAGAGAUGUUCCUUCUACGCCAUGUUAAGAGUUAAGGUGUCAAGGAAACUUCACGCACCAGAAAGAAUCUAUUUGUUUUGUUGUGGAGUCAAUAUUGUUUUCUGCCCACACCGCUUUGUUCUCUGAGUCAACAGCGCAACUUUCUGAAGGUGCCAUGUGAUCCACUCCGGUGACUAUUCUACAUGCAGGAACUGUCAACACCUGUUCAAGUACUGUGUGUUAUUCCACCUGGGAUGAAAGCGUAUUAUAGCAGAACCUCAAUUAUGGGAUACAGAUUGGUGAGGUUUGAGUGGAAAAAAUGCUUUACAUUUUUUGGGCAUGUCAGGCCACUCAGUAUGACUUUUUGUUAUUCUUCAUCUAAUGUUAAAGGGGAAGUCAUUUCAUCUUUUUGUCUUUUUUUUUGUAUUCACUGCACACCCACUUGUUCUGAAUAUUGUGCUUUUGGAAUAUGAAUUAAACAGGAAAAAAAUCCACACCAUUUUUACCCAUCUCGGGGGGGGCGGCCAUUUUGCCUUCUCUAGCCACUUGCUGUCAACUGAAAAUGACAUCAUAGUGCCUAAAGGCUCAGAAAAUGACCUUUUCCGGGUUUGGUCAGAUAUUUUAGGUUCACAAGCCACGACCUUAGGCCCCGUGAUGUCAUUUUUAGGCGCCAAUUCAUAGAGGUCCAACUGUCCAUCUGUUUUUCGCAUUUAAGGCUUGCAAUAACAAUGCGAAGAGUCGAAACGUAUUACUUGCACUUGUAAGCAUGCAGACAACCUCAAAGGAAGUUUUUAUACAGUACAUUUGUAAGCCUUUGGGGGCAGCGCCAUUGCUAGCGGUGAGCAUGACCGCCUCCACUCUGAGAUUUGCCAUUCGAAUCUCAAGGCCAAUCUCAGACGCAACAUUUACAGGCUGAUCUGCAAGACAAACCUGAAAUGCGUUUUGGCGAGGCCGUUCUUUGAAAGGCUCGCUAAUGCUCCCCGUGCAAGCCAGUGGCCCGGCUGAUCUGAUGAUCUGCGACAUGACCUUCACGUCUUGCCCCGCACCGCGCCAAGCCCCCGGGGUGACCCGCCCCUCCCCCUCUCUACAUCGCCGUUUCUCACCUCCCCCCCUGCCAUCAUCGUCAACCCAACCUUCCAUUCCGUUUGGCACCUCUCUCCGUCUCAACACGGUGUUCAGAUCACGUGAUGAUUAUUCGCGUUACGUAUUUUGUCAUUCCAGUGCGGGUGGGUUGUAGUUGGGCCCCGCUUUACUGUCUUGCAUGUGCGUUUUGAAUCUUAGCGGGGUUAUCAUCAAGCACCAAGACGACUUGUCCCAACAUGAACUGGCCACUUCACCAUCCUGAGGACAAGCUCACACUGACAGCUCACAUUAUAAUUCAUGAGUCCUCCACCACCCCUGUCCAAGACACACUCACACGCACACACUCCAUAUUUAACCUUUGGUUCUUGUCAACACAGCAGAGGAAUUGUAAUGUCUUCGUCUCCAAGUAUACCGUCACAGUAUUAAAGGCAGCCCUGCAGCACUUUUGUAUCUCUGCACUUUGUUUUCAUUAACUAGUGAGUAACCAAUUGCUUGACUCGAUAUCAAUAGCAGACAUUCAUGCUUCUGUUUAUUGUUUGCACUGCGCAACUAUUUUUUAAACUUUGGAUUCUAUCUGCUUCACAUGACUGGGAGGGGGAAAUAAACCCCUCUUUGUCAAAAGCGAACAGUGUAUAUCUUUAUUAUAAGCAAUCAGAAGUCAGAUGGUCAAGAGUUAUUGUUUCUGUCAC